AAACGCGCGAAGACGUGAGUGACGCCAUCUGGAAGCAAAUUGCGGCGACGGUUGGAAGAUACGUCACUCAGACAGAUGUCAGAAGAGCACAUCUAGCGGAACUGAAAAGACUGGAUGCCGAUAGCGCCGCUGAAAUAGCUGAAAAUGAGGAGCGCAUAAGGAAAGAGGAGUUAUUGAUUGAAGAUCUCAAAGAAGAAUAUUCUAGCAUCAAGUCAUCACAAGAUACCCAAAUUCAAUACCUCCAAUUAGAAAUGGCCAUCCUAACUAAGCAAUUUCUGAAAAUCAGAAGAAAUCUUCAAACAGAUUUGAAAACAGAUGAAGAACAAAUAAAAAUGUUGAGUGACGUUUCCUGCAAAACUAUUCAAUAUUUGGAGAGUGUAGCUCAAAAGGGCCAGCGCAUUUUAAGUCUGGGGCAAACGUGCAAAAAGUUCGAAACUGAAAGAGAAAAAAUUAUCAAGUGGAUGCCACUAUCCAACGAAUAUUUGGUUAGUCCUGUGGAAGGUCUCCAGGUUUCAUCCUCAGAAAAAACUAGGAAAGAUAGCCUGAAAGAUUCUGUCGAACCUAUGGAUCCGUUACAACCUAGGUCACCAGAACUGAAAGCAACGAGAUUGACGAAAUCAACUCUGAAAUCUAAAGAAAGACCAAAAACGACAAUCCCAAAAAGCAUUUCAUCACCAUCCAUACCACUGGAAACGCCUACUCCAGAACUCCAGAAAAUAACCACAAUCCAGAACAUCACCCUCCAAACCAGAACCUUUGAUGACUCUUCUUCAUCCUCAUCUUCUGCCACAACGGAACAGAUUGACUACGAUGAGGAGAAACCGAAAAGUCUGUUGGACAGAUGUUUCGUCUCUUUGCAAGGCUUGGAAGGUUUCUGGUUCACCUGUAACAAGGUUCAAGUCGACUAUCUGGAGGUCCAGGAAGAGAAGAGAGUUUUGGCGAAGGAGAAUAAGCAGCUGAGAGGAACAAUCAGAGCGGUCUUGGAGGCAGCCGCCAUGUCGAAUUCGAUACCGAACAGUAGAGUUUCAACCAGACUUCCUUCUAGGAGGAGCGCCUAUUCAGCACCGUUCAGAAGAAUGGUACUCGACUAG